AAAACUGUGCCCCAUGCAUAUCCCAUGAGUGUUGAGUAUGAGUUUGCUAAUCCAACAAAGAUAUUUGAUCAGAACUUUGGUGAAGGUAUAGCUUCAGAAGACCUUCUCUGCCCAACAUUAUAUCAUGGCUAUUAUGUUAGGCCCAGAAGAAAUAAAACACUUGACAGGGGCUUCUCUGAGGUUAGCUGGAACCAGAACAAAUUCCAAGUCUUCCUUGAUGUUUGUCAUUUUCUUCCCGAUGAGAUCAAUGUCCAUACUAUUGACAACCUACUAGAGGUGACAGCCCAACACCCACAGAAGAUAGACAGACAUGGUUUUAUCACCAGGACAUUUAACAGAACAUAUAUUCUACCCCUGGAUGUGGACCCUCUACUAGUGAAAGCUACACUGUCUCAUGAUGGGAUCCUCAGCAUUGAAGCUCCCAAGAAAGGCAUAGAUCUGAAAGAAGUGGUAAAUACAGUGAAGAUAGCAGUUGAGAAACCACCAGAAGAGACAGCAACUGAUAAAUAA